CUCUCUCUCUCUCUCUGUAUCCAUUUUCUUCUCCCUUCUUACUCCUCAUUUUAGAGAGAGAGACAGAGAAAGAGACUAGAAGACUAAUGCUAAGACUUGAAUUUUUGGUUGUACAACAUUUAAACUAUUUUCUUAUCUUUCCAUCCCGCCCCACAACUUGCAUCAUCACCCUCAAAAAAGCACAAUAACUCCUCGAGUAUAAAGAGGGGAGGCCAAGGCUAAAGAGGAUUUGAUGACCUUGUUUACAACAAUUAGUCAUUAGUAGGUUUAUGGCAAUUGCAGCAACAACCAUGAGCCAAGAUGAUAAUAGCAAGGAUGAUCAUGAUCAACAUGACCAUGACAUGGUCAUGCCUGGUUUUCGUUUCCACCCUACCGAGGAAGAACUCAUCGAGUUCUACCUUCGCCGUAAGGUAGAGGGCAAGCGUUUCAAUGUCGAACUCAUCACUUUCCUCGAUCUCUAUCGCUAUGACCCCUGGGAACUUCCCGCCUUGGCAGCAAUUGGGGAGAAGGAAUGGUUCUUCUACGUGCCUAGAGACCGAAAGUAUCGAAACGGUGAUCGGCCUAAUCGUGUAACAACUUCCGGGUAUUGGAAAGCUACCGGAGCUGAUAGAAUGAUCCGGUCUGAGAAUUUCCGGUCAAUUGGGCUGAAGAAGACACUUGUUUUCUACUCCGGGAAGGCUCCAAAAGGCAUCCGAACUAGUUGGAUCAUGAACGAAUACCGCCUGCCACAUCAUGAAACCGAAAGAUUACAAAAGGCAGAAAUUUCACUUUGUCGCGUCUACAAGAGAGCCGGUGUGGAAGACCAUCCAUCGCUCCCACGUUCACUCCCGACAAAGGCAUCCUCAUCAAGGACCACACAAUCGGACAAAAAACAACACUGCGCAACCAAUCAAACUUCAAUAGAGAGAUUCCAAGCUUUUGUAGGACACUCUCAGGUAGAAGACACCGAAAAAAUGAGUGAAACGAGUGGUGGUAGUUGCAGUGGUAGUGGUAGCGGAGACAUUGGAACAGCAUUAGGGCUAUCAAAGCAAAACUCAUACAUUGCAUUAGCAUCACUGGCUUCACCGCCAGUGGCACCACCACCAGCUCGGGUGGAAGAUGAUAGGGUUUUGAUAUCUAAACAAGCUUGCCCUUUAGUCCAAAAUUGCUCCACAGUGUUUACAGGCACUUCUUUAUUGCCACAAAACCCAGUUGAUGAUUUCCAUAGGCUACUAAACUUUCAACAAUCUUCAAUUAGUCAGUAUCACACUCAUCAUCAAUACCAUGCCUCUCAGUUCUCCACUUUUCAGCCACAAUCACAGUCACUGCCUCCUUUCAACAUGCUGCCUGGGCCGGUCUCUCUUCCUGCCACCACCGCCGCUGCCUUCUCUGACAGACUGUGGGAGUGGAACUCAAUCACAGAGGGGAACAAAGACUACACCAGCCCUUUCAAGUAAUCUAUAUAUGAACUGCACAUUACACAACAUAGGAUCAUGGUUUUAAAUAUCAAUCAUUACAUAUCGUAUUGCCGUUACAUAUCAGAAUUUUAGAUUUCAGAUACCACUAUUUAUCGAUAUAUCGGUCAAUACUCCCUGAUAUUGGCCAACAUAUCACAAUAACGCCAUUAAUAUAUAUCCAGAUAUUGUUAUCUAAAAUCAUGCAUAGGAUACAUCUAUAUAUAAUGCUGAUUUAUUAAGUUUUCAACUCUACUCUAAUGUUGGUAUAGGAUUCAUAAGUUGCUGAUGCGGGUCAAUGUUUGUUAGUUGGUUUUAUUAGGGUUUAGGGUUUAAAUGAGAUUAUUUAAAUCCUUGCAGUAACAUUUUGUUCUUUAACUUUGUUUUGAAUCAAAUGGGUUUAUAUUGUCUGUUUA